UGCCGACAAUUUUUUCAAGUGACCUUACGAAAGACAUUCUUUGUAACUGAGCAAUAACGAUUUGCUAACAUGUGUUUUUCUUUUUCAUGUGACCUUCUUCCAUCUUCAGGAUUACGAUAUACCGACAAUCAGCGAGUAAUAAUCCUAGUUCGAGACGUCAACGACGAGCCGCCGUACUUCAUCAAUCGCCCCUUACCCAUGCAAGCUGUGGUUCAACUCAACGCGCCCCCAAACACUCCAGUCUUUACGCUUCAAGCGCGAGAUCCCGAUACCGAUCACAAUAUCCACUACUUCAUUGUUCGGGACAGGACGGGCGGACGAUUUGAAGUCGACGAACGUUCCGGAGUCGUCAGGACAAGGGGAACGGAUCUUUUCCAGCUAGAUAUGGAAUACGUAUUGUACGUCAAAGCGGAGGAUCAGAACGGCAGAGUCGACGAACGCAGGUUUCAAUCGACGCCCGAGGAGCGCCUUUCGAUUGUCGGCGGAAAACGUGCCCCACAAUUUUAUAUGCCCAGCUACGAGGCGGAAAUUCCGGAAAAUCAAAAGAAGGAUUCAGACAUCAUAUCCGUCAAAGCGAAAUCAUUCGCCGAUAGAGAGAUUCGUUACACACUAAAAGCACAAGGUCAAGGAGCUGGCACGUUUAACAUCGGUCCAACAUCGGGAAUUGUAAAGUUAGCGAAAGAACUGGACUUUGAAGACCUAAGGCAGCCCCACGUAUACUCUUUGGUCGUCACAGCCACGGAGGACUCCGGCGGAUUCUCCACAUCAGUAGAGUUGACGAUUCGGGUAACGGACGUCAACGACAACGCGCCAAAAUUUGAACUUCCAGAUUACCAAGCGCACAACGUUGAUGAAGAUAUCCCGUUGGGUACAAGUAUAUUAAAAGUUAAGGCGAUGGAUAGUGAUAGUGGAGCUAAUGCCGAAAUCGAGUACACAGUCUCCGAUGAUCAUUUUAGCGUCGAUCCUAGCGGAAUUAUAUCGAAUAACAAGCAGUUGGACGCCGACAACAACAACGCCUACUACGAGUUCGUAGUUACCGCCAAGGAUAAGGGGGAACCCGCGAAAACGGGCACCGCCACUGUACGAGUUUACACAAAGAACAAAAAUGACGAGGAACCGAAAUUUUCGCAGCAAGUCUACACGCCAAAUGUCGACGAGAACGCGGGCCCAAACACGCUAGUCACGACCGUUGUGGCAUCCGAUAAAGAUGGCGAUAAUGUCCGGUUUGGUUUCGUCGGCGGAGGUACCAGUUCCGGCCAAUUUGUUAUCGAGGAGAUUACCGGUGUAAUCCGGUUACACGGAAAGUCAAUUUCUUUGGAUAGGGACAAAUACGAGCUAAAUGUGACGGCAAUGGACGACGGUUCUUGUUGCGUCGACGGCGAUAAGACCAUUCACACGAGCACUGCGGUAGUUGUAGUAUUUAUAACGGAUGUGAACGACAAUAAGCCAAUUUUCAAAGACUGCGGGACGUACUACCCCAAAGUUGAGGAGGGCGCACCGAAUGGCUCCCCCGUAAUCAAAGUACACGCAACCGACGAGGAUAAGGGCGUGAACGGUCAAGUGAAGUACUCGAUUGUGCAGCAACCCAAUCAGAAGGGUACAAAGUUUACAGUCGACGAAGAAACCGGGGAGGUUUCAACUAACAAGGUGUUUGAUCGCGAGGGCGACGAUGGGAAAUUCGUUUCUGUCACCGUAAAAGCAACAGAUCAAGGCGAGCCGUCUUUGGAAGGGGUGUGCUCGUUUACAGUUGAAAUAACAGAUGUAAAUGACAAUCCCCCUCUCUUCGAUCGACAGAAAUACGUUGAAAAUGUAAAACAAGACGCAAGCAUCGGCACAAAUAUACUAAGAGUAUCGGCAUCAGACGAGGAUGCCGACAAUAAUGGCGCCAUUGUGUACUCGCUGAGUGCAGGUUCGAACGCUUUGGACCUGGAGUAUUUUGAAAUUCAACCGGAAUCGGGUUGGAUUGUGUUGAAAAAGCCGCUAGACCGAGACAGGUAUCGACUGCGUGUGCGAGCCUCGGACAGAGGCGCGCCACCUUCGUAUGCGGACGUGGACGUUGAGUUAGACGUCGUAGACAGGAACAAUAAGCCGCCGCUGUGGGACAUGAAUAUGUACGGCCCCAUUCACAUCAAAGAAAAUGUCACAGUGGGUACAGUAGUGACUUCCGUAAAAGCCAGUUCUGGAAUUGAAAAUAAUCCAACAGUCUUCUACCGGCUGAUGCCCGGCUCAACUUCCCAGACGAAUAAGUAUCACACGUUCUACCUGCAGCAGAGGCCGGACAACGGAUUUACUUGGGCGGAUAUUAAGGUCAAUCAUCCGCUCGACUUUGAGACAAUAAAAGAGUACAACCUGACGAUACGUGUUGAGAAUAACGGCGCUCAACAAUUAGCGUCCGAGGCUACUGUAUUUAUAAUGCUGGAGGACGUGAACGAUGAAAUUCCUCUUUUUACUGAAAGAGAGCAGGAAACUGUGCUGGAGGGCGAACCAAUCGGCACUAAAGUGACCCAAGUGAACGCCAUCGAUAAAGACGGCACUUUUCCCAAUAAUCAAGUGUACUACUUCAUCGUCGACUCGCCGCGAAACGAAGGGAAAGAUUUCUUCGAAAUUAAUCAACAAACUGGAGAAGUGUUUACGAAGGUCGUGUUCGAUCGGGAGAAGCAGGGCGCUUACGCGCUAGAAGUGGAAGCUCGAGAUGGUGCGCCUUCAGCUCGGCCCAAUAGUGACAAUCAGCCUAACUCUGGUAAGUGCUAG